AUGUACAAUCAGAUCACUACCCAGAAGCUUCUCCUGUUUUGGAGUUGUUACUGGAUCCAGGCUUGUGUUGAACAAGACAAGCUGGGUCAAGCAUUUGAAGAUGCUUUUGAAGUACUGAGGCAACAUUCAACUGGUGAUCUUCAGUACUCCUCAGAUUACAAAAAUUAUCUGGCUUUCAUCAACCACUGUUCUCAUGUCAGAGGAAAUUCCAACAGCUAUGGUGUGCUGCCCACAGAGGAACCGGUCUACAAUUGGAGAACAGUAAUAAACAGUGCUGCGGACCUCUAUUUUGAAGGAAAUAUUCAUCAGUCUCUGCAGAACAUCCCUGAAAACCAGCUGGUGCAACCUACACUUCUCCAGCAAAAGGGAGGAAAAGGCAGGAAGAAGCUCCGACUGUUUGAAUACCUUCAUGAAUCCCUGUGUAAUCCCGAGAUGGCAUCUUGUAUUCAAUGGAUAGAUCAAACCAAAGGCAUCUUUCAGUUUGUAUCAAAAAACAAAGAAAAACUUGCCCAACUUUGGGGGAAAAGAAAAGGCAAUCGGAAGACCAUGACUUACCAGAAAAUGGCCAGAGCACUGAGGAAUUAUGGAAGAACUGGGGAAGUCAUCAAAAUCCGGAGAAAGUUAACUUACCAAUUCAGUGAGGCCAUUCUCCAAAGACUGUCUCCAUCUUAUUUCUUGGAAGAAGAGAUCUUCUACUCACAGUAUGUUCAACCUGAUCAAGGAUAUCUCAGUUUAAAUAACUGGAAUGCAAAUUAUAAUUAUACAUACACCACUUACCAUGAUCUAAGUCACCCUGAUUGCUAA